AUUGAUUGUAACUUUAUUGGAUGUAGUAUGUUGUAUAUCAGCAAGUGUAAUUAUUUACAGUGUAAUUCAAAAAUUAGCGAUUGACUUCCAUGUGCUUCUUCAAUUUGUAUUUGUAUCAGAUGUCAUUCUUACAUCCAGUUCACUAUUUAUUGAAUGAAUAUUUCGGACAAAGGAAAUAUACUAAACUUUACUAUCCCUUAUACAUCUGUUGUACAAUGUUUAUAUUAUCUUUGAUGACUGUAACUCGAGGCGGAGACGCACUAAUUUCCUUAUUAGACGACAUAGGAGCUGCUAUGGGAAUACUCAUGAUUACUAUUUCCGAAGCAGUGUUUGUAUUUGCAAUUUAUGGUUUAAACGAAUUUUUUGCAGAUCUUGCUUUUAUGACAGAUAAUCCGCCAACGAUGAUUAUGAAAAUUUUCUUUGUUGCUGGUCCAAUAAUCAUAAUACACAUUUUACUUGCAAGUUUUUUUCAUUGGAAUCCACCGACAUUUCAGAAUGUAACAUAUCCAAUCACGUUCUACUCAUUAGCUUGGGUACUUGCUGAUAUAACGUUUAAUAUACGAGGUGCUUUUGAACCUACUGAAAAUUGGGUACCUGAUCUUAUGUAUUCGUUGCAAAACAAAUCUUUACGAAACAUGAUGAAUACUAGAAAUCAUGACAAAGUUAAAGAAGACGACCCAAUUAUAUUUGAAUUCGGAAAACCUAAAAUGUCCAUGAGAUUUGAUAUAGCUACUCAAACGAAUGAUUCAGGAAUUGAUGAUGAUCAUAUUUCUGAUAAAAGAUUUCAACAUUUAUACUUGGAUUUUGUCAAACAUUUUUACAAUACAGAUUACGAAUUAAUUAGGAGGUACAACGAAACAGAAGUAUUGUCUUGGAAUAGUUUAGAAAAUAUGGAAUUCCUAUUGUCAUAUGGGGUUUUAGAAAAAAGUGUUCAAACUGAAUUGGAAUCAAAGUAA